AUGGCAGGACAGCCCCAGGGAGGUGAGGGGCAGGAUACCUCAGUGGCAGCCUCAGAACUGCAGGACCAGCUUGACCAGCAGAAUGGCCUGAUAAGCCAGCUGAAAGAAAUGAUCAGAGAGAGGGAUGCCUCCCUCAAGACCAGAGAGAAAGAAUUAGAGGAAACAAAUGCCAAGCUGUCUAAGCUGAAACUUCAAACCAAAGCCAAGGCCAAGGCAGCACAGAAAGAUGCUGAAGCAAAGAAAGGGAGUGAAAAGGCAGAUGAAGAAAGCAGCGGAGGAGAUCAAGCUGCCAGAGCUAAGGUUCUGGUGCUGAAGAAAAAACUUGACGCUAAAGACAAAACUAUCACAGAAAAGGAGGCACUGCUGGAGGAGAAGUUACGUGAGGUAGCCAACAUGGAGAAGAUGAUCGCUCAGAGAGAUGAGGUGGUGCAGACGCUGUCCUCUCAACUGGAGAGACUUCACGGUCUCGGAGCAGACGGGCAGGAACAGGACAGUGAGGUAAAGAUUGUUUUCUUUCUUGAAGACUUUCUUCAUCUUUCUUUAGGUUUUUAA